GCUGUCGUCACGUGACCCCGUCCUGUGCGAGCCAGGGCGCAGUCCAGCUCCCCGCAGCCCGAGGGAGGGGCCCGUUGUGCCCACACCCGGCCAGGUUCGACCAUGCUGUCCCGCCUGCUCAAAGAACACCAGGCCAAGCAGAAUGAACGCAAGGAGCUGCAGGAGAAGAGGCGGCGAGAGGCCAUCACCGCAGCCACCUGCCUGACCGAAGCUUUGGUGGAUCACCUCAAUGUGGGUGUGGCCCAGGCCUACAUGAACCAGAGAAAGCUGGACCAUGAGGUGAAGACCCUACAGGUCCAGGCCGCCCAGUUUGCCAAGCAGACAGGCCAGUGGAUUGGAAUGGUGGAGAACUUCAACCAGGCACUUAAGGAAAUUGGGGAUGUGGAGAACUGGGCUCGGAGCAUCGAGCUGGACAUGCGCACCAUUGCCACUGCACUGGAGUAUGUCUACAAAGGGCAGCUGCAGUCUGCGCCAUCCUAGCCUCUCCCCUCCCUCCCGCUCCCAGAUGGGAGACUAGUAGGUCAUGAAUAAAACACAAGGUUCCUUUCUG